AAUUCUUACCUAAGAGGCUGUUAAUUACAAAAAGAAAGUAGAAAGUUGAAUUGGUUUACAAUGUCAUCAAAAUUAAGUCUUUUUGAGAUAGAAUUAUUGAAAACAAAAGUUUUCCAAGCUGCUAGAGAUGGCAGAGCAAUAAGUAUAUUUUCUAUGCUGUGGAAUCUUGACAGGGAAACAGUUGUGAAUGAGGUUCUAAAUCACCACACGAGUGAACAAGGCCAGUGGACAACUCCGCUCAUCAUAGCUGCAAGGAAUGGGCAGGACAAGGUUGUUCUCAUUCUCCUGAGUAACUUCAAUGCCAAUGUUGAGCAGACCGGCACGGUCAAGUUUGAUGGGUUUUCUAUAGAAGGAGCUACUCCACUGUGGUGUGCAGCAGGAGCUGGGCACCACAACAUUGUCAAAAUGCUGAUAGAACAUGGCGCUAAUGUAAACCAUACAACAGCUACAAACUCAACACCUCUUAGAGCUGCAUGUUUUGAUGGUAGACUUGAUAUAGUAAAGUACCUGAUAGAAAAUAAAGCUGAUGUAUCCAUUGCUAAUCGAUACAAGAAUACAUGCUUGAUGAUAUCUUGUUACAAAGGACAUAAAGAUGUUGUGCAGUUCUUACUGGAUAGUGGAGCACCAAUGGAUGAGAGAGCUCUAUGUGGUGCAACAGCUUUACAUUUUUCUGCAGAAUGUGGUCAUGUAGACAUUGUGAAGUUGUUGGUGGAACAUGCAGCACAAAUAGUCAAUAAUAACAGUGGACUGUCUCCUCUUAUGGUAGCAGCUGAGUGUAUUGAAGUUGCUGUUGUGGAAUAUCUUACAUCUGCUCAAGACUGUUGCUUACAAAGUAAAAUUGAUGCAUAUGAACUUCUUGGUGCAUCAUUUGCCAAUGAUAAAGAACAAUAUGACCUUGAAAAAGCCUAUCUUUUUUUGCAUAAAGGAAUGGUUGAAAGAUAUAAGGACCCUAAAAGGGUGUUGCUUAAGAGUGUUCUGCCACCAGUGUCAGCCUAUGAGAACCAUGUGGAGUGCCAGACCUUAGAGGAGCUUGAGAGGAUCCAGCUUAUACCUGGAGCCCUGCACAUGGAGGGACUGGCAGUAAGAGAGAGAAUCCUGGGCUCAGACAAUCAGGAGGUAGCUCACCCAGUCAUCUAUAGAGGAGCAGUGUUUGCAGACAGUGGCUCGUUUGACCGCUGCAUAGCUCUCUGGUUACAUGCCAUGCAGCUAAGACAAAAUGUGAAGAGAAGCAUCAGCAAAGAUUUGCUGAGGUUUGCCCAAGUCUUCUCUCAAAUGGUUCAUCUUGGAAAUCUCCCAGUCUUUGAGUCAGUACUGGAAGUGUUUGAGAGAGGCACUGUCGAACUUAAAAAUGAUCGUGAACGUCUCAAGAACAGCCCAGAUGACAAUGAAAACCUUCAAGAAAUCUAUGAAGAAAACUUUCAUACAUUGCUGUACCUGCUAAUCAUUGCCACCAAACUGAAACCAUCAGUCCACCAAAUAACAGAAGUGUGCAGGGCUGUUUAUAAACUCCUGCAGCAACACCCAAAACUUAGGAAUGGUUACACACCCUUACACAUGGCCACAGCCAGUGGCACAAUAGUUGAUGACUUUCAUGUGAAUGAUGUUGUCUCAUUUCCAAAUGGAAACCUUUGUAAGCUUCUUUUAGACUGUGGUGCAGAAGUUAAUGCAAGGGAUAAACUCGGUAAUACCUCGCUACAUUUGAUUGUACAAUACAUACAUCCGAUCAAUGACUUUGAAAAUCUCCACACAUGCAUGAUGGCUCUGCUGAAGGCCGGAGCUCACCUUGAUAUCAGGAACAAUGAUGGCAAAACUGCCAGUGAUGUUGCUACAACUAUUGUUGCUGAAGCAAUCAUCAGAAAAAACAAUGUUAUCAGCCUGAAAUGCAUAGCAGCACGUUCUGUCAAACAAGCUGGUGUUCCUUACAAAGGAUUCAUUCCUAGAGCUUUAGAAGACUUUGUCCUAAUGCAUUGAUAAACAUUUGAAAAUAUCUUUCACAUAUAAAAAUACAAUAGCAAUAAAUUUAAGACACAUUGUUGAUUGUACUUUUAGGAAAUAUGUAAAAAAGUAGGAUCUUGUUACCAAUUGAUUUUAUAUUUGGAUGCCAUUACCAAGAUUUACAUUAUUUAGUAUGGAAAGGAUUGUCUAACUGUUGGAUGGCUCAGUCUGUGUGCUAUUACAGGGCAAUAUUUUUAUGUUUUAGCAACAGGUCUGUGUUGUUUCCAUUAAUUUUUUUUUUUUUUGGAAAGUUUAUCAGUUUGUUGUUUCUAGAUAUUUAUUUUAACUUAUUAAAUAAAAGUUUAUAU